AUGAAAGUUGCUGAUACAGACGGUACAGAGGCUAUAGGGCAAGAAGAAGUUCUCUACGCGUUGAAGGUCUGGAAUACGUACCGCCAUGCAAAAGGACAGAUCAGGGAGUACUUCAAUAAGUACGAUUUGUCGCGCGAUGGUUGCUUGGACCGUGAUGAAUUGAAGUUGUUCCUGGUGGAUCUCAACGACGGCUUUAAGGCGAGGACGGCCACGCCCGCAGUCAGCAACGAGGAGGUUGAUUGGGUCUUCACCAAAGCUGAUGUGCUCGGACACGGCAAGAUACAUGAAGUGGAGUUCUUGUCCGCAGUCAGCGCCUGGUAUGCUAACGUUGAAGAUAAAGAGGACGAGAGAUGCUGUCGCAUCGUCUGA